AUGGAGGACGACUUUCCAUUCAGCUUCGGAGGCGGAUCAGAUCAGGAAGGGAACAACAGCGGGGACGACGGACUCUUUUGUGCGCCCAAGGACAAAAAGAAGGCCGCUGCAAAGGCCAAGGCUCUCCUCAACCAAGGACCCUAUCAUGCUCAAAUCGACGAGGAUGGCUGGUUCCAUAACACACGAAAGACGACGUACGAACUGAUGACUCAGAGCAAAACAGGAGCCACCAAAGUCAAGAUGCGAGCCGAUCACUACUACAUGCUGCACCGAUACCAAGAAGCAUUUGACAUUGCACAAGAUUUUUGUGAACUUGUGCGGAUGAGUGGCAACCUCAGCGUCUCACAAGGUCAGAACGAUGGAGGCUUUCGACGAACAGAUGCAGCAGCAGGGGCAACAACAGACGCCGGUGUCCUCAAGGUGUCCGAUCCCAAGGAGAUGCAGGAGAUGGCUUUACGCUGUGCACUCAAGUUGAACUUGUUUGACGUGGCUGCUAGUCUUGCCGAUGAGCUGGCAAUGCACGAUACAGGAAUUGUCUUUUUGAAAGCCAAGGCUUAUGUGGCAGUUGACGCCGCAUUGGGACUUGUGCAGUAUCAAAGGUCAAGGACAGGCAACUACUCGAUCUGGAGGACGUUGGGUGAGUGUCUUCGCCAGUCAACUACAGCAUCCCCCUCAGGGCCAUUGGGAUCAUUCGUCAGCACAGCAGCUUCAACAUCCGCAUCAACAACAGCAGCAGCAGGGACAGAGUCGUUGCCUUCGUCGUUGGAUACCCUCGCGAUUUCAUUACCAUCAUCAACAACAACAAAGCCGACCGUUGUACAUAUCCUAGCUUUGAUGUGUAUUCUUCGAGCACGUUACUUGAUGAGGAUAUCGACAUGGGCUCAGGUGCCCUAUGCACAGGCACGCUACGACAACGAGAUGAGUAUCUUGGACGAACAACGUGUAGAACUUGAGCGGAAAUGUGGCCUUGAUUUGGAUACAACAACAACAACUACGACAACCGCGGCAGAUGAAACAGCAGUAUCGGAGGAUGAGCAGUGGCAGGAACAGAGACGAUUGGAGGAAUAUGAGUUGAAGGUGGUAGCUCCAGCAAGGAAGUUUGUCCAAGAGAUGAACGAGAGAGGAGCGACAGCUUUUAUUCCCCACCAAGAUCAGGGAAGUUCGCCACUCGAAUUGGAGGUGGUUGAGUUUGUGGUCAAGGCAUGGGAUGCCCAGGUGGUUGCCCUGAGUGAAAGUGGUGCUACGCCUAGGAUAACGACAGAUGACGAUGAUCUGGCAGGCGAGGUCGGCGUUCGUGACAAAUAA